CAAAAAUUUUGGUUUGGCGAUGAGAAGUUAGAACAGCUGCUUGAGUGCUGGUCUGCAGGCGUAGAAUCUUGAACCGGCUCGUCCAGCUAGCCAUGCCGUCAGUUGGCCCUGCAAAGGGCAAGCCCAAGGGGCAGCUAAAAAAACGACACCAGGAAGUCGAGGGGGCAGCCUCAGACUCGGAAGCAAGUUCACCAGCAGCAUCCGAAGGUGCAAGGGCAAGCGCCAGCGCGCCAAGUGCAAAUGCAAGUGUCGCUUCAGAAUCAGACACGGAUGCGGAUGCGGAUUCCGACUCGCUGGACAGCGUCAGCCCCAGGAAGCGGCGUCGCACCUCUCCUGCGGCGGAUGACGAUGCAGAUGCCGAUGCCGAGCCGCAGCCCAGGAUCUUCAAGUCUGCCUUCAAUGUGCCGUCGCGCAUCAAACGCAAUCACCAGGCCGCAAACGCGGCCGAGACCGGCCGGCCCAGCAACCCGGAGCCCCAGCCCAAGGCUGAGCCAGCGCCCCGGGUUACGGCCCCUUUGGAUGCCAAUACCACCUUCGAGUCGCUGGGCGUCCGGCCAUGGCUGGUGCAGUCUCUAGCCAACAUGGCCAUCAAGCGCCCAACCGCGAUUCAGAGGGAGAGCAUCCCGAUGCUGCUCAAGGGGAGAGACUGCAUCGGCGGCAGCAGGACUGGUUCGGGUAAGACGGUGGCCUUCUCGGUGCCCAUCCUACAAAAAUGGGCCGAGAACCCGUCGGCCAUCUUCGGCGUCAUCCUUACCCCGACCCGAGAGCUUGCGCUCCAAAUCUACGAGCAGAUCAAGGCCAUCUCAUCGCCACACUCGCUCAAGGCCAUCCUGGUCACGGGCGGCUCAGACAUGCGGUCGCAGGCCAUCGCCCUGGCCCAGCGGCCGCACAUCGUCAUUGCCACUCCCGGCCGCCUGGCCGACCACAUCCGCACAUCGGGCGAAGACACCGUGUGCGGGCUCCGGCGCGUCCGCUUCGUGGUGCUCGACGAAGCCGACCGACUGCUGGCGGCCAACGGGCCGGGAAGCAUGCUCCCGGACGUGGAAGAGUGCCUGGGGGCGCUGCCGCCGCCAGCCGAGCGGCAGACCCUCCUCUUCACGGCCACCAUCACCCCCGAGGUGAUGGCGCUCAAGAGCAUGCCGCGCCAGCCCGGCCGGGACCCGGUCUUCGUGUGCGAAGUCGACACGGAGAACCUCGCCAUCCCGCCCACCCUCAACCAGAUGCACCUCCAGGUGCCCGUCACCCACCGCGAGCACUACCUGCACAUGUUCCUGCUCACGCCCGCCAACGUGGACAAGUCGGUCAUCAUCUUUUGCAACCGGACGUCGACCGCCGACUUCCUGCAUCACCUCCUCCGCCUGCUUGACCACCGCGUGACGGCGCUGCACUCCAAGCUGCCGCAGCGGCAGCGCAUCGACAACCUCGCGCGCUUCCGCGCCUCGGCGGCCCGCAUCCUGGUGGCCACCGACGUCGCCGCCCGCGGCCUCGACAUCCCCGAGGUGAAGCUGGUCAUCAACUACGACAUCCCGCGCGACCCCGACGACUACAUCCACCGCGUCGGCCGGACGGCGCGCGCCGGGCGCAAGGGCGACGCUGUGACGUUCGUCGGCCAGCGCGACGUCGAUCUCGUGCUCGCCAUCGAGAAGCGCGUGGGCCGGCAGAUGGAGGCCUGGCAGGAGGAGGGCGUCAACCUGGAGACGAGGGUGAUAAGGGACGCGUUGAAGUUGGUGGGCGAGAAGAAGCGGGAGGCGCUGUUGGAGGUGGAGGAGCAGAGGGAGGUCGGCGGGAAGAGGAAGAGGGGGAAGCAGAAGCUGAGGGCGACUUAGCGGGCUGGGUGUCGCUGACGGACGGGUUUGAGACGAGGCGUUGCUCCCGAGUCCUGCUCUUUGGCCGGCUCCUCAUACAGCCUCAGCACCCUCACCGCAUUCCCUCCCAUCACCAGCGCCGCCUCCUCACUCCCCUUCCCCAACGCCCUGUUUACAGCCUCCACAUUCAACCGCACGCUUUCCCACUCCCCCUCCUCCUGCCCCUGUUCUU